AUGAAACCAAAUGGUAGUGAAGGAAAAUCGUCCAAUGGAUCUGUGUACCAUUUGUUACAGAACCCCGCGCCGAUAUGCAUGUUCUACUUUGCCCAUCCCUUCGGCAUCGCAUCACCGGCCAGCGGCGCAAAGUUGGCCCAAAUUCGGGAGCGUGCCACGAAAGGCGUCGACGAACCCACCCCGAACGGUCCGACAACUGUGGACUCGAACCAUCAUCCUCAAACCAACGCGACCGAUGGUCCCAAGACGCACAAGCAACGCAAAUCGAAAGCUGGCACCAGAAAGGAACCACAUCCGCCCAAGGCGCACCGAAAGGUCAACGGGUUUCCCACUGAAAAGGCGCGAGUGGAUUCGAAGCCGACGACGGAAGAUGCGGAGCAGCGGCAGAAAAAAUCGAAGAAACACCGAACGCACCAGCGGCGGAUUAGCAAUUUCGAAAAGUUUCUUCUGGAAAUGCAGCACUGCCACCGGUGCGUCCCGCCGGACGGUUCGUUCAAGAUACGGCGCAUCGACCGGGAGGAUCGCAUCACACCGCUCGUACCCUGGCCGAGCAUCAUCUGGAACCGGGAGUUUCUCAUACCGACGCUACUGCAAGCGCUGGCCCAACAGCACGGACGAAAAAUACCGGAUAUCGAGCAGAUAUUACGCACGGUACGAUCCGCCUGGAACACACCGAAGUCCCAACGUUCACACUUGCAAAGCCAAGAAAGCCGCGAAUCGUCCGCAUCCAACUGGGACCUAUCGAGCUUGUGCGAUAGCUAUUGCUGCUACUUGGAACACCGACGGGGCAAGAUGGGCGCGGGAACGUAUGCCAAUGCGGCCAGCCCCGGCCCGGGACUGCUCCGCAGACGCUACUCGGUGCCCGAGAUUAUUAUGCGCAAGCACACGCUGGCGCAGCAGAAAACAGAUGACGAGCCACCGUGGCUGCAGCACGACACCAACCACAACGUGAUCGAGGUGGUGGGGAGCAAGGGCGCUGGCUCACCAGGGCACCGGGCACGCAUCGGAGGGACGGCACCAGGGACGCCACUGCACCGGAAGUCCUUCGGCCUGCGGCAGCCCGACGAGCGGCCGGUGAAUGGGCGCAGCAGCAGCGUGGAGAGUGGGCCGGCGGGCGGCGGAAGAACGCGGCGCACGGUGGCGGCGACGCUCACGGCGACCGGGUCCGAUCCGAACCUGGCCUCGCUGAAGCAUCGCGUCGGGGGCGUCGCGUUCGGCGUCUGCAGCAGCCCGCUGUGCAACGGCUUGGGCGGGGGCAUUGGAGCGAGCCGGGCAGUGGCCACCGGCACCGGAGGUAGUUUGCGAUCAAUCCACAAUAACUCUCUCAGUUGUAGUAGCUCUAGCAGUCUCAGCGGGCCGCCGGCCGUCGCCGGUGGUAGUAGUGGCAGUGGAGGUAGCGGUGGUAGCGGAGGUAGCCAUGGCGGAAAGUGUGGUCACCACCAUCACCAGCACCAGCCCCAUCCCAUCCUGGUGGGGGGAAGCAACGGGCCCAGCCCGGUGUUCGUUCGCGAGGGCGACUACUCGAUGAGAAAAACGACGCUCCUGCGGCGCAUGUGGAGUCGCGAGCUGCGGCGUUACGAGCGGUCCGGUAGCUGGUCCCCGCCGUUGCGGCGUGCUCCGCGACGCAUUUACAGUAUCGAAAGCAUCGCCUCGGUUGAAGGCCAUCAGCAGCAGCAGCAGCAGCAGCAGGAGGAUGAGGUCGGACGGCCUGGUAGCAGUGGCAGCAGUGUCGGUAGUGGCCGAUGUGCUACCACGGCAACCACGACGACGACGACCACCACCGGUACGACCUCGUGCUUGGAGUGUGCCAAGCUCGAAAGUCAGUACACCGGUGGCUUCGGUACGGGCAAGAGCUUGCUCGCGCGAACGGUCGGUCCCGUGGAAUUGUCGUCGCGCGAACCCCCCGGCACGCUUGUCCCGACUGGCGGCAGCGGGGAGCACGAGUCGCGAGUCCCGAAGAGCGAGCACCCCUCCCGAGGCAUCGAUCCGACGGUCGAUGACCGACGGCAGAAGGGCCGACGACAGCAACGCAUGUGUUCCUCGCAAACGGCCGACCUUGGUGUCGAAUCGGUGUCGGCCCGGAUCAUCGUUGAUGGUCCCCUCGAGCCUCCCGCCGAUCUGGUGGUGCAAGGCGAAAACGAAGAAGAGGACGACGACGACGACGAGGAGGAGGAGGAAGAAGAGGACGAGCAGGAUCUCGAUCCGGAGGGUGAAUAUCUUUCGCACAGUAGUUCCGUCUCGUCGAUAGCUUCCCAAUCGUACCGCGCGUCCGGGGCACCAGCGCGGGUCAACGAUCACGAUCUGAGUGAUCUGAGCGAGUUUCUACAACAGGAGCAGCUAGCGGCCCGUGCAGACGUCCCCGGGGCCGAACCGCCGAGCGCUGCGAAGGGCGGAAGCACUAAAGUGGUGAAUGGCGUGGAGAAUGAUUGCGAAGCUGCUGGGCAAGCUGCUCCUGUCGGCGUUGGUAAUCCUGUUGCUGGCGAUCAUUCUCGAGAACGUGCUCCGGUUGCUGGUGGCCCUGCAGCAGCAGCAGCAGCAGCAGCAGAAGCUAGGGGACGUGACGAGCAGUACGAAUCCACCCAGCCCGGACCCGAGUCCGAAGCAGUGAAACAGUUCCCAUUGCGUAGCGCCAAACGGCAACGGGCGAGGCGCCCAAGUGACGAUAGCAGUGUCGCCCUGAGUGCCCUCCCGGAGGACUCGGACUCGACGAGUGCAAGUGACUUCGAGGACGGUACGACCGGUGGUGACGGUGACGAACGGCACGAAACGAACGCGCGUGUCGACGAGAAGGACCAGGCACGGCUGGAUGAGUACAUCUCCAACCUGCUGCUGGACAAUCUGAACAAUCUUGCCGACGCGAAGGAGCUGGUGCUGGCCACGAGUGAGCGGGACGGUGACACGAUCCUCGGAGUGUACAGUGAGCGGAGGGCGCAGCUGGACGAGGGUGUGACGGUGGUAGUGGCGUCCGAUCGACAGAAUAACAAUCACGAGCUGGGGGCCCAGGAGCCAACCCAGGCACCGGGUGGUGGUGGUGGCCAGAGGGCAUCGACGCCUUCCGGUGCCAUGAAGCAGAAGCUCACGGGGAAGUACAUCGGUGGUGGGGGUGGGGUGGUAUGCAAUUCGCCCCCUCAGCAGGAGAAACGUGUGGCGGAUCCGAAAGCGGAAGGUGAUGCGCAGGAGUGCGAUAAGGAAAACGAAGAGGAUGUGGCGAACAACAAUAACAGCAACGCCGGGAAAGCAGGCCACGGUAAGCACGGCGAAGAGCGGCAGAAUCACCGCCGGCAGAAAGGGUUGGCCGAUCAAUCGCCGUCGCAUAACCAAACCCACCGGAAACAGCACGGUGGCCGCUCGAAGGGAGGCGGGUUCUAUCUGUCGAAACGAGCCGGAAGUCGAUCGCCCCGGCUCGACGAUGCGGACGAUGUGCCGUCGGCCGAGGUGGACCUGAACGGGAAGUACUACUUUCCCUCGUACGGACUCGAGACGGACCCGUCCGACAAUACGGACAUCGCGUCCGAACCGGAACCGUUGCUGUUGAGUAAGAUCGGCACGGGUUCCACGUACCCGGAGGCCGGACUCGCUCGAGGGUCCGUGGUGGUCCCGAGGUUUUCCGCCAUGCCACGCACCGAGUCGAUGGAGGUACAACCGUCCUCGACCAACUCGGAUGAAUACGAAGAGCGGCGACGAGUGAAAGGGCACGCCGGCUCCGACUCGGAUUCCGACUCGGACGACAGUUUGGUGGACAGCUUGGAUGGGUACGGGUCGCCGGCCCCGCGCAACCAUCGGAAGAAACCCCCACCGGCGGACACCACCACGACCGGUGGCAGCUCGACGGAGAAGUCGCCCCGGCACGAGAAAGGCGAGGCGUUCUUCGUUCCGAUUCACGCCGAAACGACCAACGUCGAAACGCUGCGGCUGCACGAGCGCGUCAUCGUGGCCGACACGAUGCCGCUAAAGAUCAAGGAACGGCUGAACAACCGGCGCCGGCUGAUGAAGUGGAAGCAGGAGCAGGAGAAUCUUAAGAAGCAACGCAAGCUGAUGCGCACGAUCGAGCAGCGGCGGUUUUACGGCGAGCCGGCAAUCCAGGUGAUCAGCACGAUCGACAAGGCGAUCAGCCGGAAGGAAUUCAUCCCGCCAGCGGCCAAGAAGGCCGUGUUUGGAGCGAAUGGAGCCCGCGGCAGUCCGGGCGGCUCCUUCUCCGGUGCGACCCCGUUUCGGGCGAUGAAGCCCAAGAAGCGAGCCGCCACGGGCGGUGGUAGUGCGCUGCGAACCGAGCUGGGCAUGCUCGAGUCGUACAAGAUCGACGGCAAGGGCAACAUGCAGAUUCAAACGCCCUCGACUGGAGCGGGUUCGAGUACGGCCGCGUCGGCGGGCGCCACACGCAAGGCGGCCACCAAAAGUCCCUGGGGACAGCCAACGGAUCGGCGGGGGCAGGGCAAAACGAAGGAAACGCCCGGCUCGACAUCUACCUCGAUGAUGGGUGGUCACACGACGGCAUCCACCACCGUUGGGUCGGUCGGAAAGCCCUCGACAGGUCGGACGGUGUCCCGCGGGCAGGAUGGGCGCCGCAAGCAGGUGCUCAAGGACGUGCAGCAGAUGACGCUCUACCCACAGGCCGACCUGACGCCCGACAUUGAGGGUGGCCCGCGGCGGAUGUACCAGAAGACGGAGAUCCAGGAAGGGGACAAGCACAUCGAGAUACUGGAGAUCGUGGAGUGCGCGGACAGUGCCCCCCGAGCGCGCCCAAGUGGGCGGCCGGCGCGGGCACACAGUGGUGGCCGCCGGAGCCGCCAUUCCGGGGACAGCCACUCGAAGCAUCACCGAUCGCGCAUCCCGGUUCCGAUCUACCGCUUCGGGCACUACCGGCGGAGUGGGAGCUCGCGCGAGGGCAGCCCCCUGUCGGCCGGUGGAGCCGUCAACGCGAAGGUCGAUCGAAUGAUCGCCGACCUGCUGCUGGAAGCGCUGGUCAACAACCCGGACGACGUCGGUGUGAAGUUUGUCAAGACCCCCGAAGGCCUGCGCGACGGUGCGAAGUCGACGAAAAAGUCCGCCUCCGGCGGUGGUUCCUCCAAGAAGGGACACAGUGCGCCAAUCACCACCGGUAGCAGCAGCAACAGCAGCGGCGGCAACAGCGCCAGCAAUAACAACAACCUGCUAACGCCACGACGCACCGCCAGCGGGAAGUACACGCAAAAGUUCGAAGUGAUCCCCGAGGAGCGGUCCAGUGUGUCGAUCGAGUCCUCGACGGAGGAACUGUCGAGUUCCGGUCGCAAGAAGCCGCACCCGUCGCCACGCCGCGUCAGCUUCGACGAGAACCACCAGAUCCUGAACGGUGACGAGCUGGAAGCUGCCCAGACACCGAUUCAACUCACCGUGCCGAGUCCGGCCAAAACGCAAACACAGCAACAACAGCCCUCUCCAAAGCAUCGGCCAGUGGCAGCUGCUCCCGUUUCGCCGCGGAAAACUGCAACCGUUUCGCCGGCGAAAAGUCCCUCCCGGACGCCGGCCGGCAAGAAGCAGCAGGGCGGCGGGGCCACGGUUACCUCCGCUACCGUCACCACGACCAGCACCACUACCACCACCAGCCGCGGCAAGGCGGCCAUCCAGAGUGACGUGAUCGAAGAGAAGGGCUGGAUUGGGUUCAGCACCCAGCACGAGGACAUGGCCACCCCGGUCACGAACGGUCACGACGAUGAAGACACAAGCAUCAUCGUGCCGUAUGGCGCACUCGGUCCGUCCGAACCCGUACCCCGUAGCGAGCCCGACACAACCAACCAUCCCCCGCACGUCGCUAGAAGCGUAGUGAAGACAAUCACCACCGGCAACUGUUUGCCGGUGGCAAUCCACGGCCACCAUCGGCCCCCUCCGGCCGCCAUCUCACCACGCUGGUCCGACGAUGGUGGUGGCGCGGACAAUCAUUGCGAGGGUGCCUCCUGCCCUUUGGCGGAGGAAAACCACCGUCGUCACUAUUCGUACGGUCCGUGCAGUGAGUCCGGCUUUUCUAAUCCCCUCUCUGGUGAUGGUAUCGCUCUCGAUGCUGAACCCGACAUCGAUCAUCGCGGGCACCACAACCACCCCGAUCACGACGAUCACUCAGACGCGGAGUCGUUCGUGACAGACAGCUUGAAUACGAAACCGACGCCACCGUCGCGACACUGCUGCCGAACCGCCGGCAACGUGGCCGACCAUCGACCGAUGGACCAUCUCCCGUACCAGCUCGUAACGCCGGUUGCCACGACUGUGGUGGAAAACCGGCAGACAGUCCGAUCGUGCCACCGGUCGGGCCACAGUGUGAACGAACUGAAAGUUCCGGCCGGUCCGGACGCGGUGAAAGAGAUACGGGAGGAGAACGCUUGGCAUGUGUUUCAAACGGCAGACUGUAAGGUGAUCCAGUCAAAGAUCGAGUACUACGAAACGUCCAUCCAUCGGACUCCGCAGACCAACGGCCAAAACCAGCAGCAGCAGCAACAUCAACAACACUAUCACGGUAGUGGUACGACUGCCGAUCUCUUCGGACCUCUUGUCGAGCACGGAAAGGGCAUGGAAGACGCGUUUCAGCUGUGUCCACACCACGGUGGCCUGUCCACGGCAGACUCCCUCGAGAGCCACCUAUCGGCCGGGUCCGCCCUGCUCACCAGUACCCUGGCGAGGCAUCGCCUCACGACCGGCGGAAGCACGGAGCAGCCCCCGAAGACGGCCGAAACGACCUGCUCGUCCUGUUGCUUCUGCAAUCCGGACCUCCAUCGCCGUACGGCCGGCCGACCGUCGGACAGCUGCUUCUAUUGCCACGCCAAGGCGCUGUCGCAGUCGCCGAGCAAAAGUUUCCCGGCCCCACCGACGCCACCGAACAUUCAAACGCCUUCGCCAGCCCCCGCUUCCCCCCAGGCGCUGUCGGAGAUCGCGGAACUGACGCCGACGCCUUCACUGCCGGAGAUCAAGCUGCCGGAGCGGAAGCCGGUUGUCCCGAAGGCGCCGGUCCGAAAGGAGCAAAAGAUCCCACAGACGGCUGGCACGAAGUCGAAGGCAAGUGAGGCAAGCGACAUGAGGAUAAAAGGUGAGACCGAUCGGCCGACGGCCAAAAAGGCUGACCCGGGAGGGUCGUCGAAUCCGAAGCACAGCAAAGCGCCGGAACAGACAACAAAGACUGGUAGCAGGCAGGCGCACGAGCGGACGCCCAAACGGACUAACCCAACGUAUCUUCCGCCGGCCACCGGAGGCUCGACGGCGACGACUCACACAAACGCAACCACCGCGCCAAGUAUGGCCAGCGCCGAAAGUGCGCCCGAACCGCCGUCACUCGCAAAGGUUGCCUCGCUUACACCCAAGCUGAGCCGCAAGAAACUGGGCGACCCGGGUGGCGGAACGAACGGUGCGGGUGUGCUGAAUCGGCCGAAGCACAUUAAUCACCUCAGCCGUGCCUCAACCGUCGUCCAUUCGGUACAGAAGGAGGUCAAAAACGAGCUGAAGACGCCGAUCCGCGUACUGCCCAAGACGGCCAAGGAGGUGAACAAUCGGAAGGAAAAGGAACGGCAGAUCAGCCUCAACCUGCCACUCGGGCAGGCAUCGGUACAGGGCACCGUGCGCAAGGACCUUCUCCACCGGCAGCCAUCGUCACUGGCUUCGCUCGGAACGCUCGGAUUCGAACGAACCAGAGGAAUGCAAUCGUUCACCAUCGAGCCGGACACUGGCCAUGGGUGCGGAAACCCACCGGCUAUCGCCUCACACUCCAUCGUGACCGCCAUGACGAUCGAGGAUCAUGCCGAGGGCUCGGAGUCGCGCGGCUACGACGAUCAAAUGAGCAACGAUUCCACGUCAACGUCUUCGUCUUCGUCGUCGGCUUCCGGAUCGGUGGAUAGUACGCCCAACUCGAGCCCGUUCAAAACGGUAGCUCCCAAGCCCUCCGACGGGCAGCGGGAGGGCGAGGGGCCACAGCCGACGGCCGCGACCCGCUGGAAGACCAACAGCGAACGCAAUCUGUCGCAGCUCGCCAUCCAGAAGAUGGUCAGUGCGAGCAAGUGGGGAAGCAAGUGGCGAAAGGCAUCGACCACGGUCGAGCCACAGACCCGACCGAACCAUCAUACGCUGGAGGACGAUUUGGAAAACGGGAGGGAAAGGCAUCCGGGAGGACGUCUUCUUUCCGCCGGCAGCUGCGGUGACCUGAGUCCGAUGAAGUCGGCACACCAAGGUGGAGAUCUAAUGGGACACGGAGGCUCCGUUGGCUUGGGCUCGAUGGCCGACAGGACCGCCUCGUCGAACAUCAUCAGUGGCAUCACGCAGACGUCCUCCAAUCAAGGGUGGACAGUGACGGUGGCGGGCAACUACAACCCCGACAUGGCGCCGGACGUCGAAAUGCGGCUCAGCUUUCCCAAGGGCGCUGCGGGUAACGCUUCUACCGGCAGCACCGGAAGCGGUGGCAAAUCGCAACUCACGGCCGGCAGUGGCUCGCUGGCGACGUCAAACGGAAACAUGCUGCAGCACCAGGACACCAACUCCAACUACCACGCGAACGGCUUAACGCACCUGGCCGGAGGACGGCAUCAGCGACAGUCGCAGCAGCAGAACUAUGCCGUGCUGGACCAUCUCGAUGGGAGCGUCGGGUACGUCGGUGGCAGUAGGAACUCCUCGCGCGCAGCCACUCUACCACCUCCGCAACCCGCACCGGGUGGGUUGAAUCCGAAACGGAACCUCACGCGCACCGACGGCUCAGGUGCUGGAACAACGAGCAAGGACUAUCGUCUUCCAAAUGUUGGCCCAACGCACAAUAUUCUGGCAAGACCGACGGCGAAGAAAGCGAUCAAGACGGUGGAAUGUAGUGUCGUUGCGUCGGCAACGCGGACCAUCGCCAACAACUAUCAUCAGCUGUCCCACCAGCACCAGCUGGAGAGCCACGGCGGCAGCCACCAUCCGUAUAAGGGCCAGCACCAUCAGCAGCCCCAUCAUUCCAGGGGCCCAACGACGGCGGGCACCGGAAGUACGGGCACGGGCACUACUACUGCGACUACGAAGGGUGGGCAGCAUCGUUCGCGUCCAUCCGCACAACCAGUACUCCAUCCCGCAUUGCAAAAUGGGAGCGGUGGAAAGUUUAUCUCAUCAUCCUCACCUUCACUAGUGUCCCAGCAGCAGCAGCAGCAGCAGCAGUAUUAUCAUCAGCAGCAACAGCUUCAUCAACAGCAGCAGCAUCAAUCGCAGCGCUUUAAUCAUCCCGAACCGUCAUACCAUCUUGAGGACUAUGGACACAACACCUACUACGAUCAUCGGCAACAGCAACACCAUCCACCAACGCGCCGGAUGUCACUGGACGGCCAGCAGCAGCAACCACCGAGUGCGAUGAUGGCUGACUGCCUAUCGAUAAUGGGGAACGCGAUCGCACCGGAACUGAAGCCGAAGGUGCCGACCAUGAGCGAGAAGGAUCUGACCCGACGUCACCAUCCGUGCUACACGCGCACGCAGCCAUACUUUUCUUAGGGCGAACCGGCACCCUUCAAGCGCACCAACAAGUCAAACUUAGGACGAGUAUUAACGCAGCAAAAUAGUGCGUGAAAAGACAACCGACAAGCGGGGUAGUUGUAACUGAAUCGAACGAACCUACGCACCUGCGGUCUCUAUCACUAGUGUAAUAUAGCGUACUUUAGAAAAUAAA